UGUCACGAUCAUCAUCCUUUCUUCCCAAAAUCGCAAAUCAUGGGCUUCAUCCGCGGCGUCUCAGCCGUCACGGCCACGGCCGUGGCCCUUGUCGGUGCGCGGGCUGGUGUCUGCCUGCCCAAGUCCACGACCCCGAGCGUCACGAUCGGACAGGGCGUUGUGAACGGGUUCGCUGAGAACAAUGCAAACGUCUACCUCGGCAUCCCCUUUGCGGAGACCACCGCCGGCGAGAACCGCUGGAAGGCACCCAAGUCUCUGGCCUCGUUCCCCGGGGGUAGCUUCGAUGCGACCGCCUACGGCCCCUCGUGCGCGCAGGCCAUGUCUGGCAACGCGAUCACUGCGCAGAGCGAGGACUGCCUGAACCUGAACAUCUGGACCCCGGCUAAUGGCAAGGGCAAGGAUUUGCCCGUUUUCGUCUACAUCUACGGCGGUGCCAUGGUGACUGGUGGAAGCAGCAAUGCGCAAUGGCAGGGAUACAACUUUGCGCGCAAGGACGUCAUAUAUGUCAACUUCAACUACCGUGAGAGCCUGUAUGCCUCGCCCAAUGCACCUGAGCUCGAGGGGCAGUCGCAGAACUUUGGGAUCAUGGAUGUUGAGCUGGCGCUGCAGUGGGUCUAUGAUAACAUUGCGGCAUUCGGCGGAGACAAGUCGCGCAUUGUCCUUGGUGGCCACUCGUCUGGCGGCGUCCACGUCGACCACUACCUCUGGACACACCCCGAGACCUUCCUCGCCGGCGCCAUCGAAAUGUCCGCAAACGCCCAGUCCGGCCCCGCAGUCACCCCCUCUGGCGUCGGCCUCAAGCAAGUCGUCCAGGACAUGCUCGACGCCGGCGUCUCCCUCUCCUGCACCGCAGAGGACUACACCCUCGACUGCCUGCGCGCCGCCGACACCUACGCCUUCCAAACAACCUACUUCAACUCCACCUCCAACACCUGGUUCUCCCCCGUCGUCGACGAAAUCACCCGGUUCUCCAACUACGCCGACCGCUUCGCCGCAGGCCAGUACCCGACCUCCCUCCCGCUCAUCGUCGGAAACUCCGACCAAGAGGGCGCGAUCUUCGGAUACGUCUACGGCAGCGAGAACACGGAUUUCGCAUCCUGGAUCGGCACCUUUGACGCGGACAUUGCCUUCGUUCCCGAGGACCAGCUUCUCAACGCAUACGACGCGGCCGACUACGCCUCCGUCUCCGCCAUGAGCGGCGCAUCCUACGGCGACGCGCGCUUCCUCUGCGCAACGGACUACCUUCUCGACAUCCGCGCCGCGCACCAACCAACCUGGAUCUACCGCUGGUUCGGCAACUACUCGAACACCCUGCCGAUUCCGAACCUUGGUCCCUCUCACGGAAGCGAGGUCCCCUUCCUCCACGGUGGGAAUGAAUGUUUCGCCGAGCUGAGCGGGGUCACCGACGAGCAGCAGCAGCUCGCGGAUUACGUGAAUGACUGGUUCGUCGAAUGGAUUAAGGAUCCUGCCGCUGGGCCGGGGUGGGAGAAGGCUCGUCCUGUCAAUGGGCCGCUUGCAAGGGUUGGUGUGCCUGGGAGUGAGGAGGAGAUUGUUAUGAGUACCACGGGCGAGUAUAACGCGCGCUGCCAGAGUGUGUUCAAGCCCAAUUAUCCCAACUAUCCCGUUGUCUUGGAUCCCGUGGCGCUGGCUGCUAGUUCUUAGAGGGGUGCAGGUCAUGUGUGAAGGGGUUUACUUUCCCUAUGUGUAUAAUAAUUCCAUAUAGAUUUUUACUUGAUAAUGCUCUGGAUUCACUGGACAAAGGGAUGGAGUUCGAACUGUGCUCAUUUCCUCUUCAAUAGUUGGUCGCUUUGAGUGCGAGCGACCGACUCGUUGUAGGUAUACCAGCUGUCUGGGCACGGCAGGCAAUACGAGAAGGAACCUGCCAAGGAUACUGAUUCUCAUGUGCUGGUGAGAUUUUCGCUAGCUCCAAGCCACGAAGUCCAGAGGUCGCAAAUGUGAUAGAGUCUGGAUCAUGCAGUGAUAGUAAUGCCAAUGGGCUUGUCGUCUUGGAUUCGUGGGUCAGAGACCAGUGAAUUAUCAAAUGUUUAGUCUCAGACAGCUGCCAGUGUUGAUAUACCUCGCCCAUAGACAUAAUGCGAAUAAUG